AUGGAUUUCACUGAUUGUGAGUUCCUAAGAAAAGUUUCUGAUCUUUCAAGGAUCCCAAAUUUAGUAAUGUUGAUUCUUGAAGGUUGCAAAAAUUUAGUCAUUGUUCAUCAUUCUGUUGGAUUCCUUGAUAUGCUUGUUUAUUUGAGUCUUAGAAGAUGCUAUAAUCUUAGGAGUUUUGUAGGAAGCCUCAAGUUGAGAUCUCUAAUAUAUCUUAUCCUUUAUGGUUGCUCAAGGCUUCAAAACUUUCCCGAAAUUGAGUGUCAAAUGAAAUGUUUAGAACACAUCAACUUGCAAGAUACUGGUAUAAAGGAAUUGCCUUCAUCCAUUAGGUAUCUCUUUGGGAUUGAAAUAUUAGAUCUACGAGGUUGCACAAACCUUAAGAAUCUUCCGGAUAGCAUUUGUCAGUUGCAACAUUUAAAGGUACUUUGCCUCCAUUGUUGUACUGGAAUAAAAGAAUUACCUUCAUCCAUUAGGGACCUAGGUAGGAUUGAGAGAUUAGAUCUAGACGGUUGCACAAACCUCAUGAAUCUUCCAGAUAGCAUUUAUCAGUUGCAACAUUUGAAGAUCCUUAAUUUGAAUAAAUGCGAGCAACUUGGAGAAAUUUUACAACUUCCACCAAAUGUAGUACAAGUGAAUGCUAGCGGGUGCAUUUCAUUAGCAAUAUUUUUAGAAAAACCUAAAAGUGUUCUAAUAGAAGCAAAUUUAUCGACUCGACGUGAAUGCCCUUUCAAUUUGGAAGAUCUAGAUCUAUCAAGUAGCGCUAUAGUUAGCCUUCCUGCGUGGUUCAAUAAAUUUGUUGGAUUGAAGUACCUUAGCUUGGAAGAUUGCAAGCAACUUCGAGAAAUUCCAGAACUUCCACCAAAAAUACAAGUGGUAUAUGCCCAUGGAUGCACAUCAUUGGAAAGAUUUCGAUUUAAUCGUAAAUACGAUUUACCAAUGCUUCGUUGGAUUGACUUCUCUGAUUGCCCUAAACUUGUAAGGAAUGAUGUGCAAAUUCAUUUAUUGAUAGAGGGACAUCCUAAGGACCAUGACUUUGGCUGUAUAUUCCCGAGAAACAAGAUUCCAGAUUGGUUUAGCCACUGUAAAGAGGUUUCAAAUGCUACUUUGUGUGAAAUAGAUAUCAAUGAGCUUUCACAUUUGGAUUGGAAGAAUACAAUAUUUGCUUUCUCUGCUGUUAUUGGAACAAAGGAUGUACGAGAGGAGCACUAUUUUGUAAUUCUCGUUCAGGUCAGCUAUAACUAUUUAGGCUAUCAUCAAAUAUAUUGUAAUACUUCUUUUGGUAGACUUAAUUCAUCCUGCUCAGAUCAUGUAUGGUUGAAUUACUGUGGUUCACACCAUUCUCAGCUAAAGACAGGCAAUCUUCAAGUUAUAUUUACAUGCAAGGAUAUAUAUGGCAAUCCUUCAAAGUCAGUGUUCUUCAAAAGUUGUGGAUUCCAUUUAGAACAUGGAUAUCAUAUGAAGAGAAGCGAUAGAUUUAAUUGACGAUGAUGGCAACUUGGAUUAAUCCAAUUAGUACCGACAGCAAAAGAGGCAUUCUUCUUCCUUUCGAGCUAUACUAUGUUUGUCAGAGAUGUUCAGACAAAGUAUUUGGUGAUUCGUGUUCGAAGAAGAAAAACCAAACCAGAAGUUGUUGAGGGCAGUCAACUAUUUGGGACAGAGUCCCUAGCAUGGGUCUUCUAAUAAUGUAAGUGUUUCACCUAUUUAGACUCCUAUUUUUUAAUUAAUGUGUGGAUAAAAGCUUGAUUAUA